AUUAAAUUAAUCAAGCGGCGCACAGGCGUUAAGUACGCGAUCAGUUGAUUGAUGGUCCGCUGACUGAUUGGCCGCGUGCUCAGCAAUCAGAAUUGGGACUAUCCCACACGCCACAGACUACUUACUAGAAACUAUAUGCUACAUGCACUUUGCCCGGAGGAUCCGAGCUGCACUGGCAAAUGGUCUGCCCAUAGUUGGAGCAGUGAUUCACCUGACCCAUUCCCUGGGAGGGAUGCGGUGGUCCAAAAAUAACUCCCAGCCUUUCAGCAAUUGAGAUCAGAGUUGCUGGGACACGUACUUCGGUAAUUGAGUGUAAUUGGAAGUGAACACGAGGCCUCUCACUCCAAUCCCCAGAUCUCGCUGGCCAGAUGACGGAUGACAGACGGGCCCAGUGGAAGCUGCAAAAGUGCAGCAGAUUGCAUCCACAAAGAAUGUGUCUGUAUCGCGGCCCGAUGGCCCCAAUAUGUCCUCGCCUGACCUGCUAGUUCAAUUUGCACAUGAAACAUACGGUGUGUGUAUAUACAAGUACCACCAACUCAUAUGUGCAUGUUUAUAAAUCUAUAUAUAUAUAUUCAUAUGUAUUUAUAUGUCUGUGCAGUGGAUACUUGUGUGGACUACAAUGAGAAUGCAAUAAAACUAAAACGGGAGGCUGCAUUGAUAAAGCGAGUAAUCUAUAUGACGACAUGGUCUCGAGUUACUCUGUAAAUAGCACCCUGCGCACAUGGAGCGUAUUUACAUUUACAUACUACAUACGUACAUAAUGUAUCUGCGUAAUCUCGGACUGUUUGAAUACCCUAUUGUUAUACGACUCGUGCUGGCGACUCUUUAAUUUAAUUAUGACUAUUUCAUUAAUUGAAAUGCGUAGUAUUCUAUAAAUGGAAACCUUGCGGCCGCAAUAACAAAGCGCAUGGGGCAUCAAAUGAAAGCUUCCAAUCAAGAUCUGUGCUUUAUACUUUUGCCAAUCUUAACUCCAAAUGGUGUCAGUUCGAUUUUUCACGCCACUGCAGCCAAGUCGUAGAUCUUCGAUUGAUAAGCAGGACUUCCUCCUUUGUCUUGGCCAAAAUGCACCUGAUCGAUCAAUGGGAGGUCUUGGCCAUCCACUCUUCUCAUUCCCACACGAAAACCCGUUUAAAAAACCAACAAACAAAUGAGCUAAGAUCGGUUGGAGUGUACAUAUAAGAUACGAAUUUGGGUGGUUCACAAAAUAUAUCUCAUAUAAAUUGCUCUGUGGAAUGUAAUUCUAUUUACAAACUGGCUGUUAUUAAGUAUCUAAAUGGCUUAAAACGUAUCCGCCUUUACGGCCAGUUUAAGAUCGUAAACAAAGCUGUGCGAACUGUCUCAGUGGCAGUAGCAGAUAUGAAAUAUACUUAUUAUUGCUCGGUUUAUAGCUUAUUAUUUGCAACAAUUGAAUCAAACCAAACGUAUGUACAUAUGUGGAGUGCCAGCCGUAAAUUUGCAGCGCACAAAUUAAAGAUCAAACAGAGCAAUUGGUCGCGGAAAACCCACAACGAACUUGGCAUACACUACGGGCAAAAGAAGUGAGAUUUAUGGGAGGGAACCAAAUUGGCAUGCGGCUACCUUUUGACCGAUCUCAGGGUGGUCUCUGGACGAUUCUCUAGAAGAUUCCGGCACGCUGCUGACCAAUGAACGCUGAGCGCAACUCGAUGCCCGGACAUUGGCUGGCAAUCGACGUCUGGUUUUCAGAUGGCAACCAGAGUGCGGGAAAUCCGGCUGAAAGCAGUUUUCACCAAACUUAUCCAAAGUCAAGAGCAUGGCGCACACGAAACUCACGGAUACAGUCGCUACCGCUACCGAUACAAUUGCAUUCCGACCACGUCGCCAGCACCACGACUACGAUUCUGGUCGAAAAGCAGCCGAAGCAAUAGUGCUGCAACUCAAUAUUGCAUUCAAAAGAAUGCCGUCCAUAAAUCAGGAGACCCGGAGGGGAGCUCCACAGAUUGGGGGCUACAGCGGAGAGCCUCCAUUGAAAUAUGGAAACGGACAGAAACGGAGAAGGCCGCCGUACUUUUUUUGGCCCCGGCUACGGUAUGGUAAAUUCGAAUGCACGCGCCUCCGUUGCGAACGCGGCAUGCGGGGCGUAUGCGCAAUAAAUAUAUAUCAUUUGGAGCCCACUUGCUAAUUUCCAUCAAUUGCAAUAAGCCCAGCCUCAAGUCGACUCAUCCACAGGACCUUGAUGGUAAUCAUCCGUAAAUAAAUACCCCUACCUUUGAAUGUGGCAAUUAGCUAGAGUCAAUUGCCGUGCAUGAUAAUGUUUGAAAAGGCUGAGCUGCCACGUGAGAUUCCCCCUGAUGAUCCCAUAAAACAUAAUAUGCAUUUCGUGUAUUUACUAAAAUGCAUCAUCAAUUCUUUAUUUUAGAAUUGAACUCUGCUCAUUUGUUUGAUUGUUAUUUAUACCUUAUGGUCAUUUAACGCGAUUGCAAUAUGCUUAACAUCACGAGGUUUAUUUUUAGGCUUAGGUUUUUUCAAUUUUUCCCCACUUUCUGUCCAUUGUGUCCAGGCUCCCUUCUCAUUUGGCCAAUUCAUUAUAGCCCCUACAAUUAGCCUAACUGCUGAGCGGUCCCUGGGAAAUAUAUGGCUAAUUAAUGGCGCUUUUCAGAAGUGUUACGUGUAAUUACUACAACUACAUUGUUUGGCGACAAAGAAAAUCGCACUUUAAUGCCAAUUUCGCUGGCCAAUUAAUGGAAUGUGUAAAAAGGGGCUUGUCAUCAACCGGCGACGGCGGUGACCAAUUGGAAAACCUGUUGCUGACUCAGUGCUCUUUCAAGUGAAACGCUCAGUGGGUGUUGAAAAUUCGUGUGGAAAGCUCGCUGAAAAGUGCACUUAAUGUUUAAGAAAACUCAUUGCAACGCAUAAUAGCAAUAUUGGCUUUAUAAUUGAAUGGUUUUGUUUCCAUCUGGUCAUGUAAGCCCAUUCCCUUCAACGGAGUUGGUGGCAGAAACUUCUACCGAUAAAAUUGAUCCUGUAAUUAACCUCUUUUCCGCGUGGAAAUUGAUGUGCCCCAGUGGCAAACCGCCUACUAGGCAAUUGGUUGCAAUUUUCUAAAUAUAGCCCAACCCAUUAAAGUCACUUAGAAUGCAAAGCCGACAGCGCGGACUCGUUUCAAUUGGUGCAAGUAAAAGUGAAUUUAAAAGUGAUUUUCCUUUUUUUCCGCUCAGCCUGCGCCAGCUGCACAGAGUUCAUUCAUCCAAUUUCGCGUUGUUUGUGCCAAAGUCGACUUCCGCAUAUGGUCCACCAUCGUUGCGCCCCCUUUGGCCGCCCCAAAAUCCAGUGAAAAGCGAAAGUGCGACUGGGGCCGCCUGCAGUUGCCCCCUCCUCGCUGUCCAUUUAAUCAUUGCAAAUUUUAUGCAAUCUGCCAACGGCCACCACUGUGUGUGUGCGCUGAUCUUUUUAUAAGCACUUUGUGUGUGCCAUAUAUCAAAAAGCAGAUCAUGUCGCGCAUUUUUCAUAUGUAAUUCAAUUUGAUUAAAUGCGCGUAGCGUGCGCCAAAAGUGCAUUGACUCCGAAGGCUGAUGCGCUGCAUUUGGCUGGCCUGAUGCGUCUGAAAAAUAGAAAAAUUAGCCUAAUCGAAUUGGGGGAAGUACACCCGUAACAAAGAUCUAAUCAGACCCCCAACGGAGAGUUAAUGCAUUGCAAUGCAUACUAUAUGCAAUGCGAUGGCACGCGAUUCGUUCAUUUGUCGAUGACUACUUGGUCCCCAAUGCAGGCAGAUAUCUUCUUUAACUCAACUUUCUUUGUCACUUUUGCUCCAACCCAAAGGAAGUCAAAGUUUUUUCUGACAUUUUACAGGGGUUUCCUCCAACAACAAUUCAAUAAACAAUCUCUAAUUAGCGAAUUCCCUAGUUUUAAAUGAAAAAUAUACUUUAAAGGACCAAUUCGUCUAGCAUUUAAUCGAUACAUUUUGUUUCCUUCGCUUUUCGUCGGCCGACAAAAAUAGGUGCAGCAAUCUGAUUGCGAGGUAACCAGUUCAAUUAGUGAAAGUCAGAGUCGCCGGCAUUUGCUUUAUGCAACUUCAUUUUAUCGACCAAACAAGACGGCUGCCGCAGCAGCUUCCUUUUAAAAAUCCCGCCAAAAAUCAGUGUUGUCAAACGCAAUACCGAAAUUGGACUAGGUGGCAACGCCGCGGCGGCAUGUUUUCUUCUUUUCGCAUUUGGCAUGCGGCGUUGAAAUUUCUAAAGCUCGCGGGAAAUUGUGCCGAAAAUGAGCGCGCUUAGCAGUAAACUGCUCCUGAAACGGAUGCCCUGCUCGCUGGACGAACUGGCGCAGCUGAUCCGUGAGUGCAAGCUCAUCCUGCCGCGCUCUCUGAACACCUACGGCCGGAAAAGGGUGCUCCUCGAGUAUAGCGACCCGGAGGAGGCGGCAGAAGCGCUGGAGCAGCUGCAGGGACUCAGCGAAUCGCUGGACAAGCCGCUGUGCAUCAGUGUCUUUGGACCGCGGCCCACUUCCGGAGUCGCGAGUGCCAGCAGCAAAUCCACGCAGACGAAGGCAGCUGGAAAUGGAGGCGCUGUUUCUGGCCUUCCGGAUAUCGACAAGUACGUUCGAAGGCUUUACGCCUGCAAUAAUCAGUGCGACUUCACACAGCCGCCGCCGCCAUAUCUCAGCUACAGCUAUCCACCCAUUAAUGGGGAGAUCCUAGCCAGGAUCGGUCAGAGUCUGCAGACAAAUGCCCACUUCUAUAACCAAGUUUUGCACCUAAUGAAUCGCAUGAAUCUGGAGCCACCCUUUGAAAAGCGACCCGAUGGAUUGAUGUUUCAGAUGCAUCUCCAGCACGUGGGCACUCAAACCGAGCUGAUACCCAGCGAAUCGGAAAGCGAGUUGGAGAGCGACGAUGGGGAGCAAAAGUUGGCCAAAAGGCAGCGACUGGUUCUAGCUCCUGCGAGCGAAGAAGCCCGUGCCAAGACUCUCAAACGGGCACGCCAAAUGCUACAGCAAGCUGCCCAUUUAGCUAGUCACACUAAGACCAAACUGACUGUUCAAAAACCCUCGUUUGACGCACCCAAAAUCGACAUGAAACUGCCCGAAUCCCUAGUACCAGCUUCGAUAAACCCAGAAAGACGUGAGUCCAUAUCACAGCCAGAAAGUGGUGCAUCCACUUCAAAGGCAGAGAGGCGUUUGUCCACCAGUCAGCUCGAAGUUCUGCCGGUCUAUAAGAACUACAAGACCGGCGAUCCAAGCAACAAAUUGUACAUUAAGAACCUGGCGAAGACCGUGGAUGAACAGCAGCUGAGGGAGCUGUAUGCCAAGUACACUGGAGCGAGUAAUUUGGACAUCAAGGUCAUGCAGCAGGGUCGCAUGAAAGGGCAGGCUUUCGUGACCUUCCUCGAUGCCAACAAUCCGGAGAUUAUAGCCCAGGCGCUAAACGAAACCAAUGGACUUUUGUGGCACGACAAACCCAUGAUCGUCUGCUACGGCAAACAGCAAUAGGAGCAGUCAAGGCAUGUGGGAGAAGGCAACUGGGUCUGAUCGAUACCAUAUACGUCGACGGAGCUCGCCCAGAUCCAAAUAACGAUCCCGAGGAGUCGUUCAACGAGGACGAAGUCAC